AUGCCACCUGCCUCUCCUAUUCCAAGACCGAACGAUGAUACGAAACCAUUAAGUGACGAGGAACGCAAGAAUGUAAUUUGGGACAUGCGUACUGAGCUCGGUGGACUAGCUGAUGGCGUCGAUGAUUACGAACUGCUACGUUUUGCAGUUGCCCGUCAAAACAACAUCAAACAAGCGUCCAAGAUGUUUACCGAGUAUCUUGAGUGGCGUAAACGAGACCGAGUCGAUGAACUACCUGUCCCAAGUGUAAAUGGAGCACCGCUUUUACAGCACGUUAGAGGAUACAAGACCAUUCCCGAUGGUAAUAUCAACCCGCAUCUUGAUGGCGUGCCUGAAAAAUUCAAGUCUUGGUAUGGAUAUUCUGGUGGCGGAGGCUUCCACAAGCUUGACAAGGACGGACAACCUGUCUUUAUCGAACGAAUGGGUCUUUACGAUGUCCAGGGAAUGAUCAAGUACUGUACAGCUGAAUCUAUAGUGGAUAUACACAUCCGGAAUGCUGAAUUUCUGACUCGAGUUCUGAUGAAGGAGUGCUCGGAUCGCGCUGGAAGGAAUAUAGAGAAGCAUACAGUCAUAUUUGACUUUGAAGGAACUGGCUUCCAUCAGUUUGAUAUGAGGGGCUUGGCCUUACUUAAGAGCAUCACGGAGGUAGAACAGGCUUAUUAUCCGGAACGUCUAGAUAGAUUGUUUAUCAUCAACGCACCAUUCUUGUUUACAAAAGUAUGGGCAAUCGUAAAACCAUGGCUGGCUCCGGCUGUCCUAGACAAGAUACAUAUAUUCGGCUCAAACUACCAAGACACCCUUCUGAAACACAUUGACGCCGACAGUCUUCCGAAAUAUCUAGGAGGAACCUGUGAAUGUGCUCACAUGCAAGGAGGGUGCGUACCCUCACCACAGCUCGAUCACAAGCAUCAGAACUAUGGGUUUCAGGCUACAAUAGAUGGGAAAGAUGAGCAUACUUUUGAAGUCGAAUGUCCGCAAACUGCUACGAAUGGAGCUAUGUUGGUGUAUGGAUUCAAGAGCUCGGGACAAGGAUGUCGUUUUGAGAUUCGGCAUCGACAGCAAGGGGGUGUUGCUGAAACAAGCAUCCUCCCAUCUACUCUACACGACAGCGACAAGAAGAUAGUGACGGGCCAAUUCCCAGCUAUACCUGGAAUCUAUAUAUUUGGCUGGCGAAAACCACCUGCAGGUUGGGUGUUGAGUGGACCAGCAGUGAAAUUAGAGUACAAUAUCGAGGUACUGGAUCCGACUGAAGCAUUAGGAUUGGCAAAUCCUACUGAUGCUCCCGAAGAACCUGUUAAUAUGGAGUCUGAUGCUCCUGUAGCAUCUGGAGCUCCCGCAGAGUCGGUAUAA